UUUUAGAACAUCCUCCUAGACAGGAAGUUGCAGAUGAUGCAGACACCUAAGCCAAAGAAAAUCAUUUAGACUUUUGUUUUAAGAAAAUUCUUAUAUAAUGAGUCAAGAGGCUACAACGGACCUUAAACGUACCCAUGGACACGCAGCACUGUUACGCAAAGGCUCCUCAAACAAAAUGGCCCUGAAGGAGAAAAUUGUUCAGAUAUAUGAAGCAUUCUUUCAGGGAGAGGACCCUUCUUCAGGCAACCCCAACUUCUGGGAUGAAUUUUUCUUGCUUAAGCCAAACAUUCCAUACAUUGAAAGCGAAUUUGACAAAGUCAGUGGAGAAGGACUCAUGAUGUUAAAGGAAAAUCUGAAUGCUCUGUUUUACAGAGCUGUGGAAUCUUUAAAGGAAGACAAUACCAUACGAGUAGUCAAUGCAAUUUAUACAAUGGCGGCAUUAGUUCGUGGGGUAUGUAGAAAGAAUUUUGGAGAUUUUGGAUUUGAUGUUAUCAAUAUAUUGAUUGGCUUUGAUGCUGCAGAAACUGUUAUGCAGGAAUUGGUUGAAAAUUUGAAUCAAAUCCUCAAUGGAGAAUAUCCAACAGCUUUAAAGCAACAAGUUCUCAGAUUCAUUAUGGUUUUAGCAACAGCAGCUGAUAACAUCAGUCUGAACACUUUACUGGAGUACCUCAUGAUUAACAGCGUCUUCGAGUCCCUAAUACAGAUUUUAGGAGAUGUUAACCUGAGACAGAUGCUGGGAGGUGAUGCUGUGCAGGUCCUUACUCUGCUGGUGCAGUAUAGGAAAUACGAGUCGGCAAAUCCUUACAUUGUUAAACUUUCCAUUUUGGAUGACGAGUUAGCAUUGACUGGUUAUGCCCAAGUUGUACUGGGAGCUUUAUCAGACUUUAACAGGGAAUACCACUGUCAUAGUACCGAGGCUCAAGCAGGCUGGUUUUCUGCAUUUGCAAGCAUGGUUGGAAACAUGUUUGUACCAGAUGAAAAGCAUAUCUCAGCUGUAAGGGCAAACGAUUUAGUUCUACUAGCACUGUAUGAAGCCAUUCACCUAAACAGAAACUUUAUCACAGCUCUCACUCAUACUCACACCCCAUCAACACCGACCACACCCCCUUCCUCCCCCACGGUCCCAGUGUCCAAUCCCCUUAACGACCCCGCCCCAGAACUGCAUAAAAUUGACAAAGCCCUUCUGGAACAGUCUAGUCACCCGACCAACCUAUUGGUGACGUUUCUAGAGUACAGUUCCAUCAUGAUGCAGGAUACAAAAGAUGAAACAAAACACAGCAAUGCCAAACUUUGUCUAGUUAUUCUAACAUGCAUUGCAGAGGACCAGUAUGCUAACUCUCUGAUGCAUGAUGUAAACAUCAAUUUCCGGGUCACAUUACACAGAAUGCCAAUGAGACAUCGGAAAAUGAAAGUGGAAAAAGACACACCCUCUCGCCCACUUGUUUGUGCCCUAUUAGAUUUAAUGGUUGAGUUUACCAUGAGUCACAUGAUGAAGUCAUUUCCUUUAGAGCUGUACAACCGAUGUUUGGGAAUCAUACAGCGAGUCCUGUGUUAUCAGAAGAAGUGUCGAGUUCGUCUGCAGUAUCCCUGGAAAGAGCUGUGGACUGCUCUUAUUAAUCUCCUGAAGUACCUGUUGUCUAACGAGUCCAAUCUCCUGAAGAAGCAUAAUAACAUUUUUCACCUGUCAUCCAAGGUAGUUAACAUCUUCAAUUUGUUCAUCACCUAUGGUGACACCUUCCUGCCAAAUCCCAACAGCUACGAUGAAUUGUAUUACGAGAUAAUCCGGAUGCACCAAGUGUUUGAUAAUCUCUACUCCAUGGCAUUAAGGUACACCACCAGUGAUGGCGAAAGCAAAGAAUCUGCUGCCCGACUAACCAAUCACCUGGUCAAUGUCAAGGCGAUCAUCAACCACUUCUCUCCCAAGGUUGACUCCUGGGCAGCAGCCAAUCAGCUCUCCUCUCUCACCGAGGAACAGGUUCUUGAUGUGGUGAGAGCCAACUAUGACAGCCUUACACUUAAACUACAAGACAGCUUGGAUCAGUACGAGAGAUACUCGGAGAAACCAAGGGAAAACGCUUUCUUUACCAAUCUAGUGCGAGCGGUCGUGAUGGAUGUGAGGAAGAGUGUGAGCAACCUAAGCCAGUAUCAUCAGCACGUCUUACAGAGUGUGUCCGAGAUGUGAGGAUCCAAAAAAAUAGUGGAAGAUUGUCGGACUGGUGGGAUUGGGCGAGAUGUGAAGAUCCGCACAGAAAACGGUGGAUGUUUGUCGGACGGUACAAUAACAAUAGCAUUGUUCAUUAAAUAUUUGUUGGGCUUCAUUAUGAGAGAGAGAAGGAUGACUGUUUCAUAUUUAUUUUUCUUACAUUGCACUGUACAUUUUUUGUGUAUUGGGGUUUCAACUAUCGGUGCCAUAUGUACCUAAAGAAUUCUGUUGAUGUUGGUAUCAAGAAACUGUAUCAAUAAUAGACAAAACAACUUGGAAUAUCAUCAAAAGAUGUAAUAAUCAAUACUGUUAUAAAGUACCACAAUGUCAAAACUUGUUAUUUUUACUGUUGUAUGUAUUUAAACGAAAUUUAAUGGCCAUUAUUGCUACCAAUGUUAAAGCAAAAAUGUUACAACCUUCUUAACAUUUUGUGUACAUACAUGUAAUUGUAUCAAUUAAAAACAAUGUACAUUCUAAUCAGUGUACUAGUCUGUACAUAGUUACAAUACUGGAGAAUAUAAGACACAUAGACAUUGCAUAUUUACCAUUGGGCUUUCAAGCGGGUCUUUUCUUCUCUUUUUGUGAUUCCUAUUUAUGAUUCAGAUUGUAUGUGAAUUGUACCUUUGAUAGUAAUGAAGUACUAAACUUGUUUUCUAUGAAAACUGAUACUGGAUUGAUAGAAAAUGUUACUUGGAAAAUUCAGUUUACAGGUCAUUGCUUUAAUAAUAUACCUGUACUGGUAGUUGUUAUUUAUGAAAAAUAGUUCAGAGAUGUUCAUUGGUUUAUGUAUGUUUUUUUUGUGAGUUAUGGCUGUUACAGGUUAAUAUGUAAAUAAAUGCAUUUACAUGUACAUUAGCUUUUGACUCUGUUGACUAUUCAUACAUGCAAAUCUUAUUCACAUCUGGUCAAACUAUGAAUGGGAAGCACUCUGUAUUAUAUUAUGUAGAUGUACAUAGUAUUGAAUCAACCUGUCUUUAUUUGUUAUGCAUGGCAGUAGGCUGUCUAAAUACAUGUAUGCAUAAAUGUAUUGUGAUAUUGAGACUGAUAAUAUUAAACCUCAGUGCAAUAGAUAAAGUCUGUGGUCAUGCAUGUAUUUUAUAAAUGUUGAUGA